AUGUCGACCGCCACUGCUCUCUCGUCAUUGCCGGUCUCUACGGAGUCUGCUGGUCAAUUGGACCCUGCCUCUGUACAAUUCAAGGCGUUCGAUGUUCCAGGAUCACGUACUGUCCAUGGCAAGGCUUUCCCCCUGGCGUUGGCUCUCGAGGACAACACAUCGCCGUCACUGAGUGACGUAAAUGCUCACAUCAAGCAACUGGCCGAUCGAGGAACAAUCCGAGACCUUCUUACGCAACAUGGGGUCAUCCUCUUCCGCGGUCUCCCAAUUGAGACCCCCAAGGACCUGUCGUCAUUUGUCGAUUCCUUCAACUUCGUGCGGCCUCACAAGGAGGUUGGGCUCUCUGGGAAGAGAACCACCGUAGUCGACAACAUCAAAACGGCCAGCGAGAUGCCAUCCAAUGCGAUAUUCCACUUUCACAACGAGUACGCACGCAGUGCUCAUUUCCCCGAACUGAUCUUCUUUUGGUCGGAGCUUGUCCCCCAACAAGGCGGGCAAACCCCGUUACUGUCCUCCCUAGAGCUCUACGAUCGUGUGAAGCAAGAGCUCCCUGAGUUGCAUGACCAACUCAUCUUCAAGGGUAUCAUCGGUCGCCAGUACUACCCUUCGAAAGAAGAUCCAGACUGGAAGGAAAUAGGAUGGAACUGGAAGGACUCAUACGGAUUCGAGAUUGAAGAUGGGGACAGCUUGGAAGUGCAACACCAGAAAGUUGAAGCUGUUCUAGAAAAAUACCUCCAAGCUACCGGCGAAUGGCAAUCUAACGGGUCGCUUCACGUUCUGCAGCACGUCCCGGCCAUAAGACGAGUCAAGUCCACCGGGGUUCCGACUUUCUUCAACGGGCUUGCUGGAACUUACGGCAGUGCCAAACUGAAUGGUGCUCUUGAACCGCCUUAUCGCAUCAAAAACGGCAAAGGUUACAAACUCCCGACGUCUUUUGGGGAUGGCAGCAGAAUUCCCUCCGAGUGGCUCGAUCGUUUGAUCGAGAUCCAGGAAGCAAUUCAAUUUCUGGUCCCCUGGCAGCGAGGAGACGUGGCCCUCGUGAAUAACUAUACUGUCCAGGUAAUUGGUCAUCCUCCUCAUCUUUGCAUCUGUUGA